AUGUGGGCUGCUACAAUGCCUUAUUACUCAGAAUACCAGUCGGAUCGUUCCAGGCGCGAUACAAACCAGAAUGCUCAAGCCAGUGCCAGUAAUGAUGCACAUGGCUACCGCGAUGUAUCCCCCCACACCCGGCACUCGCCCAUCGAUCUGGAUGAAUACAUGGUGCCAGCCAUAGAGGGCCCUCCAUCACCCGAGAGAAUUCGCCAAUUGAGCAAGCAGAUGAAACAUGCGUCUCACCUUAAUCGAGGUCACCGGGCUGUAUCGUCUGGGUCUUCGUCGUUUGUGAAUAGUGAGCGAGGAUGGGAGCAGGGAUUCGAAAACAUGAGCAUUACUCGGCACUCAUCCCAACGAUCUACGACUAGCGGAACUUCUUCCUCUCGAGACCGACCCGACAGUGUGCAAGUAUUGGGCAAGAACAUCUUCCAUCGCCGUGCAAAGUCGAGCAAGUCAGGACGCUCGAGACGUGAGAGCAGCGCCCAGAGCUCAUCGGGAAGUUCAUUGUACUCGACUGAAUUGAGCAGCGAAACUUCCUUGACCACCUUCAAGGAGGCCAUCAUGCCCACUAUCUUUGCCCGCCGGAAAUCAUCUCGCGAUGAGACGGCCCUCCAGAAGAAGCUUCAGAUUUCUGGGCCUUUCAACUUUCAGCAUGUGACGCAUACUCCACGCGAACAGGUAGCCAACUCAGCAUCUCGUACUCCGGGACAGGAGCAACCUCAACCCAACUUCUACUCAGACCGCGUCGUCGAACAUGAAGUAUCACCCCGUAGUUCAAGAGCCUCUAACCUUCCACGUCGAUUGAUCAAGCACGCUCGAUCCCAGGAGCAGCUCCGUACCAGCCCACCUCGGCCGGUCCGACCCCCAAGACCUCCUCCGCUUGAGCCGCUUCACUCUCCUACUUUGGGUGCCCCUAUUCCUCCCCCAAGAGGCUCAAGCCGACAGUCCAGCCUGCAAGAUGGUGACCGACUUGCAGUGGCAAGGUUUGAUCGUCCGCUGACGAGUGGUGGGUUCCGACACCCUCAGCCUUUUAGCCCUAGUGAGAUCAUGGAGCGACCUCCAGCAACAUCUCAUGGUUACGCCAUAGCCCCUGAGCAGGCAGUAUUGCCAGUAGACGAUCACCGAUUCUCGCAUGCGAUCACCACCCCCGAUGAUGCAGCCUGGCCACUUCCGGUAGCCGCAACUUAUGAGCCACCGCUGCCAGAUGUGCCAGAGGAGGAAGAACAUACAGUAAACAUUGGACGAUCACCAAAGAGUAUCAUCAGCACCAGGUCUUCAUUGCGUGCUAGCCAAUCUGUCCCUCUUCUUCGGGGCUCCCAGACCCUCGAGAAUGAUGCUGCCCAACACAGUGCUGGACACUACGACGGCCAAGCUCACUCCUUUAGAGAGAGUUGGGAGGAUGAUAUCGACUACUGCUACGAACACGAGGCGGAUGCCAACUUCGAUUACGAGUGGGAGAGACCGUCGUUGGAAGGUGGACGAGAGCAUGCACCUGGAGUUCAAGUGGCUUUGUUUGAAGACGAUGAGUUGAGGGAGCUACCGACCAUCGGCACCGCUGAGUCGUCUCCCGGUAUGCUUUCCGCGUCCCGUUUUGAUAUGCCGGCUCUAAGCCCAGCUAGUCAAGCUUCGCCGGAGAGUGCCUUCGAGGCCGUCACCCCAAGCACGGGAGUCGCCGUGACCAAUAACUUCUCGCUCCCACGCGGUGACAAGGUCCACCGACCGUCCAAUCUUGGCCAUUGUCGAAACGACUCUCGAGCAUCCAGCUUCAAGGAGUCGUAUGGCUUCACCCUGUCCCCGUCGCUACUCAUCCCUGGUGACUACCAUCAACAGAUGCUCCUCAAUGAGACUGAGAGACAGAGCUAUUCGGGUGAGGAUGACGUGGUUCAUGGUAUCGUUGACCCCAGCCACCCCUAUGAGGAUGUCAGCAACGCUGCCAGUCACACCUCUCUUCAGAUGUCUCAUCAACGCGCAAGCACUUCCACUACCGCUACCAACUCUACAUCUCUCUCUGACUCUACUGGAGAGCGCCAUGUCUCUACCAACUCCACCUGGACUAACCUGACUCGUCUCACCAGCAGCACGUCACUGAACAAGUGGGUUGAGUCAAACAACACAAUCCGCGAGUCACAGAUCAUCAAAUCACACGAUGAUAGCGAGGAAGAAGACACUACUCCCCCUGCCUCCACCGAGAAGGACACGGUCCCUGAGCUCACACCAUUCCCCUCUGUCCCCGUCACCAAGAAGCCUCACCACAAGAGCCAUGCAAGCGAGUCUAUCGUCAGGGAUGAUAUCCCUAGCAACACUAAGUCUGUCGAGCUUCCUAGGACCCGACGUCCUCGUGCUAGAACUACAAGUCUCAGCACUCAGGCCCCUCCUGUGGGUCAAUAUGCCCUAUUUCCUCGUACAUAUGCCAAGGGCAAUGGCGAUCGUAUCUAA